GGCGUGACGGUGUUCGCUGCCCCACGCAGCCCUACCUAUCGCUACGUGGUUUCAAGCAAGGCUGGUAAAAUCAGCAUCUCUCUCGAGGACCAAAAAACCAAGCAGCAGUGGCGCACAGGCUACUUGGCUGAGGACGCGUACUUGACGCACAUGAAUCGCAUUGGAAAUGCUGCCGUGGGCGACUACGUCUCGGUAAGUGUGCGCCAAAAUUCUGAUGUACUGGACACCAGCAAGACCCGGCGGGAAUUAGUCUCAGUGGACGGUGGGCUACAGCUUGAGCUGUCCUCGAAGAUCAAGUUUGGCCAAUCUGCUUGGUCGGCAAAGUUU